CCUCAGUUCUCCGCUCACCGCCACCGCCACCGCCACCAUCCCAUUGCCUUUCCAAGGCUGGUCACUCCUGCUUGCUCCCCGACCCCUUUCCCUCUCUCUCGUGUGAUGUUUGCGUUUCAGUCUCCCCAAACCGUCCAACAACCCCCUCCUCUUUUCAGCAAACACCUCGAGUGCGCGGCCACUCGCAGCUCCUGCAGGCCGCGUCCCUGCUCUUUUUGUACAUUGAAUCCCGCCAUUUCCACCUCCACGACCACCGCCGACAAGAACCACGUAAUCCAACGCCUGUGCCAAAAGGGCGAACUGAAGCGGGCGCUUCGCGUCCUCUCUCAAGAACCCAACCCCACCCAGCGCACCUACGAGCUCUUGAUCCUGUCUUGCGCCCACCAGGGCGCCCUCGCCGAAGGCCUGGACGUUCACUGCCAUCUUUCCGAGAAUGGCUCCGACCAGGACCCUUUCCUGGCGACCAAGCUCAUCAACAUGUACUCUGAGCUGGACGCCAUCGAGAAUGCCCGGAAGGUGUUUGAUGAAACUCGCAACAGAACUAUAUAUGUUUGGAACGCGCUGUUUAGGGCGCUUACCUUGGCGGGUCAUGGAAACGAGGUCAUUGAUUUGUAUAGAAGGAUGAAACGGGUCGGGAUUCCUUCGGAUAGGUUCACGUAUACCUUUGUGUUGAAAGCAUGCGUAGCUUCGGAAGGCGUCCUCUCGUUUUCGCAAAAGGGAAGGGAGAUUCAUGCCCAUAUUCUACGGCUUGGUUACGAGGGCCAUGUUCAUAUCAUGACUACUCUGGUGGACAUGUAUGCCAGGUUUGGGUGCGUGAAAUGCGCUGGAAUCGUGUUUGGUGAGAUGUCACAGAAGAAUGUUGUUUCUUGGAGUGCUAUGAUUGCUUGUUAUGCUAAGAAUGGGAUGCCUUUUGAAGCUUUGGAACUUUUCAGGGAGAUGAUGCUUAAGACCCAUGAUUUGCUUCCAAAUUCUGUGACAAUGGUCAGCGUGCUGCAAGCUUGUGGUGCGCUUGCUGCAUUGGAGCAGGGUAGGUUGAUUCACGGAUACGUUCUUCGAAGAGGUCUAGACUCAAUCUUGCCGGUCAUUAGUUCUCUGGUGACAAUGUAUGCAAGAUGCGGUAAGCUUGACCGAGCUCAACAAGUUUUUGAUAAGAUGGAUGAGAGGGAUGUAGUUUCCUGGAAUUCAUUGAUCUCAAGUUAUGGGAUUCAUGGGUUUGGAGAGGUGGCAAUUCAGAAUUUCAACGAGAUGAUCAUCAGUGGAAUCUCACCGAGUCCCAUAUCCUUCGUUAGCGUUUUAGGAGCCUGCAGCCAUGCAGGGCUUGUCGAGGAUGGGAAGAUGAUGUUCGACUCGAUGGUAAGGGAGCAUAGGAUUUUCCCUAGCGUGGAGCACUAUGCUUGCAUGGUGGAUCUUCUUGGCCGGGCAAAUAGGCUAGACGAAGCAGCCACAAUCAUAGAAGAGAUGCGGAUUGAACCAGGACCUAAAGUUUGGGGAUCGCUCCUUGGAUCGUGCAGGAUUCAUUGCAAUGUUGAGCUUGCAGAAAGAGCAAGCGCAAGGCUUUUUGAGCUCGAACCCACAAAUGCUGGGAAUUAUGUUCUCCUAGCCGAUAUCUAUGCGGAGGCCAAGAUGUGGCAUGAGGUGAGAAGGGUGAAGAAACUUCUAGAAGCUCGGAGACUGCAAAAGGUCCCCGGUCGUAGUUGGAUUGAAGUCAAAAGGAAGAUAUAUACCUUUGCUUCAGUGGAUGAAUUGAAUCCACAGAUUGAGCAGCUUCAUGCCUUGUUGCUUAAGUUGUCAAUGGAGCUGAAGGAAGAGGGCUACGUGCCGCAGACCGGAAUUGUGCAUUACGAUCUUGAUUCGGAGGAGAAGGAACGCAUUUUGUUGGGGCACAGUGAAAAACUAGCCGUGACCUUUGGACUCAUCAACAGCACUAAGGGGGAAACGAUACGGAUUACCAAGAACUUAAGGUUAUGUGAAGACUGUCACUCUCUGACGAAGUUCAUUUCCAAGUAUACAAAGAGAGAGAUCCUCGUCCGGGAUGUGAACCGUUUUCACUAUUUCAAAGAUGGGGUGUGCUCCUGCAGGGAUUAUUGGUAGCUUGCCGGCGCAAUUCAUCUAAUGGACUGUCUUUAACAAGAGGCAAAAGUUCAGUUUAGGACCCCAGAACGCCGCUGAAACUCAAUCAUGUUCGAGCUAUAAAUGAAGGACGGCAUCUGGAACUUGCAUUUGAUCACCAAAUUCAAUCUGUCCCUCCCAUCAUGAUUUACAUACAGAGGGUUGUCUGAGAACAAGGAUAGAGCGACCUGAUGUACUGUUUGAAACACAAAUUUUACUUGUAUAGCAUUUCUGUACUCAUAAGAUCACAAUGGCAUUCGAAUCCUUCGUUUGUAUCUUUUACCUCUCUAGAUUUACGGUGACGGUGAUUGACGAAUGAAUGGAAGUUGAAUGAGG